UUUGAUAGAUUUUAUUUUUUGAAGGCUUUUCAGUUUUCAGAAUCUUUUCGUCAGCAUAGCAUUUCCCAUUUCCCAAUUCAAUUCUAACAGAGUUUUAUUCCAAACGAACAAAGAUUUUGAUUUCAGAAGCGCCCACAUCUCGAUGCUCUCGCUUGCUUUCGUCUUUGUCAUGGUGAGAAAACACUGCGAAAUUUGAACUCAGCUGCUACGACGACGACAAUGGCGGAUUGGUUCUUGCGCCAUGUUUGCCCCGAUUCUCCCUAUGUUUGGGAUGGACAUCGAUUCUCUAAGUGUUUUAUAAAUAUGAUAUUAGCUUUUGGAGUAAAUGUUUUGACCAUCAUUGUUACUGCAUCGCUCGGACUUACUCUGAAAAAUGGUGGUAGGAGACGGAGGAGUUUUCAGAGAAGUCUUUUGGAGAAAAUUUUCUUGCAUUUCCUUCCAGCCAUUGGACUAUGCCUAUCACUUUUUGACAUUAUGUUUCUUAUGAGGAAAUUACUCACUGGUGAUGUUGUUGAAUACCAUGAGUGGUUAUCAACAGGUUCACUACUUGCAGUCUGGAUUUUCACUACAGUCUUUGCGAACUGUUCCAACUUUGAACACAUAUUUAACAACAGAAUGCUUUGUUUAUGGUGGAUUGUGAGGACAAUAUUUGGGAUUCUUAUUUUCGUGACAACAUAUACAGACUUUGAGAUACUCAGAACCCUGAACAACAGUUUUGUUGUCUUGUUGGAUGUUAUGUUUGGCACAUCAGCAUUCGUUAUCAGUUCAGAGCAUGCGAAAAACAGGUCAAUGGAAGAUUCACUUCUAUAUGUUGAUGUGGACCUAGAGGAUAGUCGUACGGGGAAUAAUAAGGAAGAUCAACAAAGCUGUUGGAAUCUCUUGACAUUCAAUUCUAUCACGUCAGUUAUGGAUGAUGGUGUCAAAAAGCAGUUGAAUUUUGAAGAUUUGUUACAUCUUCCAACUGAGAUGGAUCCUUCUUUCUGCCACAACAAAUUGUUAUUCUGCUGGAAAGAUCAAUUUUCGAGAAAUUGUUUAAACCCAUCAUUUUUCUGGGCAAUCUGUUGUGCAUAUGGUUGGCCAUAUGUCUCUCUUGGUUUAUUGAAGGUGCUUAAUGACUGUAUUAGUUUUGUUGGACCGAUGCUUCUCAAUCGACUGAUUCAUUUUCUCCAGCAAGGUAGUAGCACGUCAAAUGGCUAUGUUCUUGCAAUAUCUUUGGGCCUCACCUCUAUCUUCAAAUCGUUUCUAGAUACCCAGUACACUUUCCAUCUGUCCAAACUGAAGCUAAAGUUACGAUCUAGUAUCAUGACCAUCAUCUACCAGAAAUGUCUAUCCAUUAGCCUGGCAGAGCGGUCACAAUUUUCUUCAGGAGAGAUCCAGACCUUUAUGUCUGUUGAUACUGAUAGAACUGUCAACUUGUGCAACAGUUUCCAUGAUAUGUGGAGCCUGCCUUUGCAAAUAGGAGUCGCAUUGUAUUUGUUAUACACUCAAGUCAAGUUUGCCUUUCUUUCUGGAAUUGCCAUAACCAUAUUACUCAUUCCAGUGAAUAAAUGGAUAUCUGAAUUGAUUGCAAGGGCUACGGAGGAAAUGAUGAAGCAAAAAGAUGAAAGAAUAAGGAGGACGGGUGAAAUUUUGACUCACAUUCACACUUUGAAGACACAUGGGUGGGAGGUGCUUUUUUCUGAUUGGUUGAUGAAGACAAGAUCUCAAGAAGUCAGCUAUCUGAGUACACGAAAGUACUUAGAUGCAUGGUGUGUAUUCUUUUGGGCUACUACACCAACCCUGUUUUCUCUGUUCACAUUUGGGCUUUUCACAUUGAUGGGAUAUCAACUUGAUGCUGCAACGGUUUUCACCUGUCUUGCCCUAUUUAACACUUUGAUUUCUCCUCUAAAUUCAUUCCCUUGGGUCAUUAAUGGAAUGAUUGAUGCUGUUAUAUCUCUUAGACGAUUGACGAGAUUUCUAUGUUGCAUUGAGAACAAAAUUGAACCAGAUAGAGCAAAUAUUUCUCCUUCCCCAACCAUAAACAAUGACCAGGCAGUAUCUGAUGUUAAAGAAACUGCAGUUUUCAUGUCUAAUGCAUGUUAUUCUUGGUCCAGCAGCAAGGAAGUAGAAUCCAAUAUUUUAUUAGAUAAUUUAACUCUGGAGAUUUACAAAGGUUCCUUUGUUGCUGUGAUUGGAGAGGUUGGUUCAGGAAAAACAUCCUUAUUAAGUGCAAUCUUGGGAGAAAUGCGGCUUCUACAUGGCUCUUUACAUGCAAACAGAUCAAUUGCAUAUGUGUCCCAGGUCUCAUGGAUACUUUCUGGAACAAUUCGUGAUAACAUAUUAUUCGGAAAGGAUUAUGAUCCUCAAAGAUACUGGCAUACUUUAUGGGCAUGUGCUCUAGAUGAUGAUAUUUCAUUAAUGCCUGGAGGGGACAUGGCUCAUAUUGGAGAAAGAGGGGUCAAUUUAUCUGGGGGUCAGAGAGCUCGAUUAGCCUUGGCAAGGGCUCUUUAUCAUGGAUUGGAUAUUCUUAUGCUCGAUGAUGUUCUUAGUGCUGUAGAUGCACAAGUUGCAGAUUGGAUAUUGCGUAAUGCCAUUUUGGGUCCUUUGGCACAGAAAAGAACGCGCAUACUUAGUACCCAUAAUCAUCAGGCAAUAUAUUCUGCUGAUAUGGUCAUUGUAAUGGAUAGAGGGAAGGUAAAGUGGAUUGGAAAUCCAGCCAACUUGUCGGGUUCAUCUUAUGUUGCAUUUACCCUGUCGAAUGAACUUGAUACUGCCAAAUGUAUUCAAGGGCAAGGCUGCCAAGUAAUUGAGAGAACUGAAACUCAUAAAUAUUUCCUUGAUGAGAAAGAGGACACGAAUGCUCCAAAUGGUGUAACGGAGACUGUUGAUGAUGAGAUGCGGAAAGAGGGCAGAGUUCAACUCAGUGUAUACAAGAACUAUGCAGCAUUUUGUGGUUGGUUCAUUGCAAUCAUUAUAUGCAUUUCUGCAUUUUUAAUGCAAGCUUCACGCAAUGGGAAUGAUCUUUGGCUUUCUUUUUGGGUUGAUACUACGGGACGAAGUCAGAUGGACAGUUCAACAACCUCUUACCUAGUUACUCUCUGCAUCUUUUGCAUCAUAAAUUCAUUCUUUACUUUGCUGAGAGCAUUCUCAUUUGCAUUUGGUGGCUUACAAGCUGCAGUUAAGGUGCAUGACACAUUAUUGAAUAAGCUUAUUCAUGCACCUAUCCAGUUUUUUUAUCAAACACCCGGUGGGCGAAUCCUGAAUAGGUUGUCUUCUGAUCUUUAUACCAUUGACGAUUCUCUUCCAUUCAUCCUCAAUAUCCUCCUGGCAAAUUUUGUUGGUUUGUUGGGAAUUGCAGUAGUCCUGUCAUAUGUACAGGUAUUCUUCGUGUUGUUGCUACUGCCAUUCUGGUAUAUCUACAGUAAGCUUCAGUUCUUUUAUAGGGCCACAGCUCGAGAGUUGAGACGGCUUGAUAGUGUUUCACGGUCUCCCAUAUAUUCCUCCUUCACUGAGACUCUUGAUGGGUCUGCAACGAUUAGAGCGUUCAAGUGUGAGGAUUUCUUUUUCACAAGAUUCACAAAGCAUAUCAUAUUGUAUCAACAAACCAGUUACUCAGAAAUUACAGCAAGUUUGUGGCUAUCCCUCCGACUUCAGUUAUUAGCAGGUUUGAUAAUUUCUUUUAUUGCGGUGAUGGCUGUUAUUGGAUCUCUUGGAAAUCUCCCACUAAACAUUGGUACUCCAGGGCUGGUUGGGCUGGCACUGUCAUAUGCUGCUCCAAUCGUUUCUUUGUUGGGAAACUUUUUGACAAGUUUUACUGAAACAGAGAAAGAGAUGGUUUCUAUGGAAAGAGCUCUUCAGUAUAUGGACAUUCCUCAAGAAGAUUUGCAUGGGUGCCGAUCCUUAGAUUCAAAGUGGCCAUAUCAAGGAAAAAUUGAAUUUCAAAAUGUUACUUUGAGAUACAAACCAUCUUUGCCAGCAGCUCUUCGUGAUAUUUCUUUUACAAUCUUGGGAGGAGCACAGGUAGGCAUAAUUGGUAGAACGGGUGCUGGAAAAUCUAGUAUCCUCAAUUCCCUAUUCUGCCUUACACCAAUAUGUGCCGGGCGUAUAUUGGUGGAUGGGAUAGAUAUUGCUGAAGUCCCUGUUAGAGAUCUACGCAUGCACUUUGCUGUAGUUCCUCAAACUCCAUUUUUGUUUGAAGGAUCAUUAAGGGAAAAUCUGGAUCCAUUCCAUUGGUAUGACGAUCAAAAGAUUUUGGAAGUUCUUGAAAGAUGUUAUAUCCGGAGGGAAAUUGAAGCAGCUGGAGGAUUAGAUUUUCAUGUUAAGGAAUCUGGGCUAUCAUUUUCUGUUGGGCAACGGCAGCUUCUUUGCCUUGCACGUGCACUUCUCAAGUCCUCUAAGGUGCUGUGUUUGGAUGAGUGCACAGCAAACGUUGAUACUCAGACAGCAGCAUUGCUGCAAAACACCAUAUCCAACGAAUGCAGAGGGAUGACAGUGGUCACGAUUGCCCAUCGUAUUUCCACAGUUUUAAACAUGGAUGAUAUUCUGAUUCUUGACCAUGGGAUCCUGGUGGAACAAGGAAGCCCCCAGGAUCUCCUGGAAAACGAGUCCUCCAAAUUUUCAAACUUUGUUAAGGCAUCUAAGAUGUGACUGUUGAACAAGUUCUGCUUUAUAUAUGCCUGGAUCAUGCUUUCCUGAACGUCGAAGGAGCACUCCUGCCAACUGUUCGUUUUAAUUUAACCAUGCAUGUUAAUCGCCAGCAUGCUGGCAAUUAUUAAAUGCAAAGACCAUUUGCUAGAUCUCUAGUCAUCUUAGAGCUUAAUGUAUGACGCUUUGGAGCUUUUAUGAUCGAUCUCUUAUUUUUCUGUCCGCUUCUGCGUAUCAAGUAUUGAAGAUAUUACAACUUAUUUGCCAACUUACCAUCAUAUAUAUGCAAUUUUUUCUGUCAA